UAGUGUUGGUGUGGAAGCGGUCCAGGUGUUGGAGGGGAGUCCCAUGGUGGAGACGAGGAACUCUCCAACAUACCCUCCUCCUAGUGUCUUCCUCCACCACAUCUACUCCCCCACAUCCCUCCACCGUCCACUUCAAUACUCCCCAGCAUCCCUCCUCCAACACACCUACUCCACCAAAGUACUCCAUCAAUCUCGAGAACGACAACAAUCACCACCUCUUGUAUCUCCAACACUCCACCAGUCACCCCAUCCAGUCUCCGAUGCACUCCCAGGUAACCACCACUACCAGUCACCUCUGCUACAGUCACCACCACACUCUGGGAGGCUCCAACAGUUACAAGGGGGACUAAAGAAGACUGGGUUCAGGUUCGAGAUGGAGAAAAAGAGGGAGAGAAGUGAGGAGGAGGAGGAGGAGAUGGUGGAGAGAAUGAGUGAAGAGGAUGAACAGAAGGAGAAAGAGAGGGAGACUGGUGAAGAGGAGGAGAAGGCAGAAAGGGAGAGUGACGAGGGAGAGAAGCUGCUGGCUGGAGUCAACAGCCUAAAGAGUCAGCCAAGUGGAAACUGGCCUCAGGCAACAGGCGGUGACGAAGACGACGACGGAGGAGGAGGAAGAGAAGGGAGAGAAGAGAAGACAAGAGAGAACAGUAGAAGAGAGAGAAAGGAAAGGAAAAUGGAUAUAGAAAGGAAAGACAAAGACGAGAGAAGGAUUGAGAUUGAAAAACAGAUUAAAGAAGAGAGGAAGAGAGGAGAAAACUGGAAGGGGAAUCAUUAUAAGGAGCGAUUUUUAGUGUCGGAUCUGCCUUUGACAUCAACUCUGAGACGAAGUGAGAUAAAAGAGGAAAUACCAGCUAAUGAUACUGAAGGGAAACAGAAGGAGGAUGAUAAAGAUGGUGUCAAGGAAGGAAAGGAUGAUGAAGAAGGUGUUAAAGAAGGAGAGGAUGAUGAAGAAGGUGUCAAGGAAGGAGAGGAUGAUGAAGAAGGCGUCAAGGAAGGAGAGGAUGAUGAAGAAGGUGUCAAGGAAGAUAAUAAUGAUAAGAAAGUUGAAGAGGAAAAAGAAUUUGUUGAAGAAGACAAAGAAGGUGUAAGCGAAAGAGAAAUAGACAGUGAUGAAGACAAAGAACAUGAUAAAGAAACAAAAGAAGAAGAAAAAGAAGGCAACACUAAAGAUGGAGAUGAAAUACAGAUAAGACAGGAUACAAAUAAUGAUAAUGAAGAUGUUAGGAAAAAAAAAGAAGAAAAAGAAGAAGGAGAAAAUAAGAGAGAAAUUAAAGAUCGCAAAAAGAAUAUACAAGAACAAGAAUAUGAAGAACCAGGCACUCACAAAACACACGAUAAAAGGGGAGAAAGCAUAGAAAACACCAAACAAGAAGAAGAGGGAAAACAAGAAAGAGAUGAUAAUGAUGAGAAUAAAGCAACACGAUCUCAGCAUGAUAGAUCACAGGAUAUAAACAGGACCAUGAUACAUCCCAUAACAAGUUUGGAGAACACUAGCUGGCUCAGGUCACCUUCACCUACAGGACGCCAAGAUCACGCGGAACCUGGAUUAGGGGACCAGCUGGCCAGAGACGACACCUGGCAAAUGGACCGCCUACACCAUCGAGUUUUGAGCCGAGGCGUCGAAAGGAACAAGUUGGUGGUGAGGACGAGGAGAUCUGGCCAACACCUCCCCUCUCUUCCCUCACUAUACCUCUCCCCUGUAACCUCCCUCAACUUCCCCUCACCCGUCUCCUCUUCCACCUUCUCCUUCCCAUCCUCCAGGCAUCUGUCCUCCUCUUUACCGCUCUCCCUCUCACUUGAACCUCCUCCUCCCCCAGCUUCCUCCUCCUUCUCUUCCUCCUCCUCCUCCUCCAAUGACCCUUCCUCAACACACCCACUCCAACGCCCCUCGUCGAUCUCACCCACCACGUCGUCCCCUCAAGCCCCCAUCACCACUUCAACACCCACGACAACAUUACCACGCCUACCUACUCCAUCACCAUGCACCGAUACACUGUCACCACGCCUUCCCACCCCUCCGCCACGCCAGUUCACGCCAUCACUCCGCUUGCCCACGCCAUCAGGAGGCCCAGGCACGCCCCACAAGACUGGUGCUCAGGCCGUGGUGCGAGAGUCCUCAAGACGUGCUGAGACUACUGCUGCUGUAGACGACAUGCAAGAUCGUGUGGUAUCGGAUGGAAGCAUGACCUCAUCCACAAAUGGGGUUCUCCUACUCCCUAGAUACCCGCUUAACCCGCACCCACAACCUCAGAUAUCUCAACAGCUCCUCACAUCACCACAACCACUACAACCUAAAUCACCACCGCAAUCACAGCAAAUUCCACACACUCGAACGUAUCCUGAAAGUUGGUCGGUAUACAGGACACACACACAGCAACCAAUGCCACUGCAGCCACAAAAACCACCACAACCUCCACCACAACUUACCCACAGUCCUCCUAAACAGACGUCACCACAGCAACAACCACAGCUACCUUCACAGCCUAUAGACCAUCUCCACAGCGCCCUAGUACCCCCACCGCAGGAAGCACAGAGGCGGCACCAACAACUGACGCAGCCACGGCAGUACGGUCCAAGGUUGUCCAGUUACGAGCAAGAGACUGUCAUUAGCACAGGGGAUGGAAACACAGCGUAUGACGGGUCAGCUGGUCACACCGUACAUGAAGACUCAGCUGUUAACAUGUCACAAAGCAUUAGUAGUGACCAACAUUAUCUCCACGACAAAAAGGUGUACCGGCGGGGAGGUGCUUCAGUGGAGGUGAGGAUCAGCGGCCUCAAGCGACCCUCCAGGGACUUGGGGCUCAACCCUUACGUUCGACCAGAGUCGGCGCCUCAGCUGCGGUACACGCCCAUCGAGCAGACAGUGUCCCCGGGGUCACCUGUAUCCCUCAAGUGCUCGGCUAUGGGAGCACCUGAACCUGUGAUCACCUGGACUCGCGAUCACCAGCCUCUCUUACCCUCCCACAGGACGAGUGUGGGGAGCUUCAGGACAGCUCUGGGGGAGGUGGUGAGCCAAGUGAACCUGAGCUCGGUGACGGGGCGGGAGGGCGGCCUCUACACCUGCACCGCCUCCAACACCCACGGCUCCCUUGCCCACUCCGCCAGGCUCAAUGUCUACGGUCCCCCCUUCGUGAGAGCCAUGGGCAACGUGACGGCAGUGUCUGGGGAGGACGUGCAGCUGUGGUGUCCUGCAGGAGGCUACCCCACCCCCACCAUCACCUGGAGGAGAGACGGGCAGAUCCUCCCCACCUCCCUCGGGCAGGAGGUGGCGUUGAACGGGACCCUGGUGGUCAGGGAAGCUGACCAUGAUGACGUCGGCCGCUACACCUGUGUGGUCUCCGGCAGGCAGGGCCAAACCGCCUCCUCCCACACCUUCCUCCACGUUCUCAAGCCGCCUAAGAUCGAGCCGUUCACGUUCCGGAAUGACCUACAGGAGGGGGAGCGAACACAACUCACUUGUAUGAUCAACUCAGGUGACCUACCCAUCACCCUCAACUGGCUCAAGGACGGCAGACACCUCCAGCACGACCCAGGGAUCGAUGUCAAACAGACCAGCGACUACUCGAGGGUGCUGUUGUUCAAGAAGCUGAGGGAACACCACUCUGGCACCUACACCUGUGAGGCCGCUAAUGCCGCCGCCACCGCCAACCACACCGCAACUGUCAGGGUCAAGGUGUCGCCCAGGUGGGUAGUGGAGCCAGGAAGCGCAACUGCCUUGGUGGGACACACGGUGGUACUCGACUGUAGUGCCCGCGGCUACCCCCAACCUGACCUCACCUGGAUGAAAGCACCAGGUGACACAGCGCAGGACUUCCAGGCGGUGGUGCUGGACGGGGUAAGAGCUUCCCAGGCACCGAAUGGGUCCUUGGUGCUGCCUUCUGUGACCACCACCAGCGCUGGAUGGUUCCUCUGUCGCGCUGCUAACACCGUCGGUAAACCCAUCUCCAAGGUCGUCCAGCUCACAGUCCAUGCCCCGGCUCGUGUGGUGACGGAGGGUGGACGGGUGACGGGCCAUGCGGGACAGACAGUAACAGUCGACUGUGAGGCGACAGGUGACGACCCUCUCACCAUCACCUGGCAGCGUCACCAUGCACCCGUCUCACCAAGUCACAGGACAUCGGUGCGUGAGAGUGGUGGUGGCGGGUCUGUUCGUGCCGUGCUGGAGAUAGGGAUAGUGACAGCUUCAGACGCCGGGCAGUAUACCUGUCGAGCUGCCAACCCACACGGGGAGCACUCACAGGUGUUCAACAUCGCUGUCAUAGAGCCGCCAACAGCUCCUGCAGGUGUGGUGGUGUCCGAGGUGGGGAGUCGCUCUGCACGUGUCACCUGGACCCUCCCUCAACCAGCAGCUGUUACCAUACAGUAUAGAGCAGAGGGAGAGUCGUGGGCAACUCAUGGGCGUAACGUCAGUGUGGGUCAGUGGGCGUCGUGGCACGUGUUGACAGGACUCACACCCUAUCACUCCUACGCCCUCAGACUGAUGGCUCAUAAUGACUUAGGCGUGUCUCAGCCCUCCAGCGUGCAGGUCUUCACUACUACCGAGGAAGCACCGACAGGAGCGCCUCGGGACGUGCGUGUAGCUGCAGGAAGUCCUCGUUCUCUCUUGGUGACUUGGCGUGCCCCUGAUCCACACCUCACUCACGGUCCUCUCAGGGGCUACACCAUCGCUCUUCGUCGUCAGAACCUCCAGGGCCACCUCACCUACAUCACCAGAGCCGUUGCAACGCCAUUAGGUGACCCGGAAUCUGUAGAGCAGUACGAGGUUCGAGGCCUGACUCCGGCGUCUCUCUACGAGGUGGCGGUGAGGGCGUUCACGAGGGCGGGACCUGGACCUCUGUCAUCACCCAGGAUAGUUGACUCUACCAGCCACGACGCCCCGUCGUGUCCUCCUGCGGGAGUAUCAUGCCGUGGGUCAGGGCGGGGCAGUGUACGGGUGUGGUGGUCUCCUCCGCCUUCACACUGUGUUCACGCCCCCGUCAGUGGCUACACCAUCGUCGCUACGCCCACUAAACACACCUACCACAGUGGCAGCAGCAGCACGUGGGAGAUAAACACAACCAACCUGGAGAAGAACCUGGACGGCCUCCCUCCAGCCACCAACAUGAGUGUGAGGGUCAAGGCCUUCAACGAGGUGGGCAACAGCUCCCCCAACCACCCCGUCUUCUGCCUCACAGAGGAUGAUGUUCCAGGGCCUCCGAGAAGGGUGCGGGUGAUAGUGACAGGCAGCACCACCCUGCUGGUGACGUGGUCGCCGCCCCAGCCACAAACAGGCACCAUCCUCCACUACACCCUCUACUCCGCCAGGGACGACCAGGUGGCGGUGCGGGACGUGGUGGGUGCAGGUGGGUCAGAAGCCACCUGGAGAGAGCUGAACAACCUCACGCCGGCCUCCAGAGUCCAGGUGUGGGUGACAGCCACCACAGUGGCGGGUGAGGGCAGUCAGUCGCCAAGACUCAUCGCGGUGCCCACACCCACACCCACACAUGCGCCCAUCGCUGUGGGCGGAGGACGGUCGUGGUGGGUGGGGGCAGGGUCGGGGGUGACGCUGGGGUGCAGGGGCCUGGGGUCGCCGCUCCCCACUAUCUCCUGGAGGAAGGGCAGCUCCAACACCAUCACCAGCAGCCAACACACCCAGCUCCUGCCAGGGGGGGACCUUCACCUCACGACUGUGAGGGAGACGACCAACUUCACGUGUUUGGUGAGGAACAGUGUGGGCGUGGACAGCCUCAUGCAUCAAGUGGUGGCCGUCACCACGCCCCCGCCGCCCACCCUCACCCUCGCCCACGCCACCCACCACGCCCUAAACCUCUCCAUCACCCCAACUGGUGACGGAGGCGCUCCUAUUCUAGGUUACACGGUGCAUCACAGACAGCGGGCGGGGGAGUGGGUGGAGACGAGUGCUGACCCUGGGGUGAGGACGGUGAUGGUGAGAGGUCUUCCCUGUGGCGCCCCUCACCACCUCUACCUCACCGCCUGGAACACUCACGGCACCAGCACCCCGAGUCCUGUCCUCCUCACUAACACACUCGGCAGUCCUCCUGGUAGUCCCAACCCGGCCAAAUUAAUGGAGGUGAACGCGACGUGUGUGACGCUCCGUCUGUAUGUCUGGCCUGAGCUGGGCUGCCCCGUCACACACUGGAAGGUUGAACUUGGUAGUGAGGAGGACGAAGUGACCUGGACACCCUUGUAUGCUCACGUGACCCGAGACAUCACUGACCUGGGGAUCUGUGACUUGACCACUACCUCCUGGCACCUCCUGCGGAUCACAGCGGCAUCUACUGCUGGAGACACGUCCAUAGUGUACCGUGUGGCCAUCGGGGGCUACAACGGAGGAGAGCCGCCGGUGCAGGAGGUAGUGGUGAUGGGCAGCCCGGCGGUGAUGACAGGGUGGCUAGACGCCCAUGUGGUGGCAGGUGUUGUCAGCGCCGUCCUGCUGGCUGCUGCACUGAUAAUCUGCGUCUGCGUCGCCGUCAGGAGAAGAAGGUACGGUGGUUACAGACCAGGUGAGAGUCUGGACAACAAGGGCGGGGGAGAGGAAGACAACGCCCGUAACUCAGAGCUCACCCGCGCCCACCUCUACUCUCCGACGCCAACCAAGAAACCCCACGGCUCCCUUGCCUCCCUCAAGACCCAGGACGACACCUCUGACCCCUACGAGAUCUGCCCAUACGCCACCUUCAGCGUGGGAAGCUCGGAGGGCACUUUAGAGUAUGGUCUGUCUCUACACGCUAUGACACCUCGGGACUGCCUCGACCAACCUGUCCACAGUGAGCGUCACACCCAGCAGUCACCAGCCUACGGUCAGCUUGGGCGUCAACGAGCUCAGUCCCACUAUAAGGAAACAGAGAUCGCCUAUAUAAGUAAUCGUAACCGCGGUGAGUAUGGAAGUAGACCCAAGUCCAUGCCAGGGGGACAGCCGACACCUGCACCUCAACCAGGAGAGGCCGUAGAGCAGAGGGCGUGGCCAGAGGAGUCUCGGAAGGACUCGCGAACUCGACCUAACCGCUCCAGAAGUCGUACGAGAGGAGCCGAGGCUGCUAACCGUGAUUCCAGCACUGAGAGUAACGACCCUUCCUCACCUGUGCAGCAGCAGCGACAGCACUAUCAACACCCACAAAUGCCACCACAACCGCAUCACCAACAGCGUCCUCAGCAGUUAGCCUCACAGCAGAUGGUAGUAUCACAGCACCCACAGCAGUUGGCCUCACAGCAGCAAGUGACAGCAGGAGGACGUGUUGGGCCUCAUCCACUGCCGCCUGUCCGCCAUGCCAGAGUACGAAGAGAUUCCUCCUCGUCCAGCGGGGCUUCGUCUCCCCUCACACCCCCACGACCACGGACUCCACCACCCAGGCCUCUGCACCCUCCCUCGGCCUUCUCUGACUCCCGAGAACUGUCCGAGACGGAGUGCGACAGAGAGAUGCUAUCACAAGCUCAGGCCAGCUCCAACGCCUCACAGUUAAGAGGGAGACGAAUUAAUGGUAAAAUAGGAAGUGAUAAUAUGUCGGCUAAUGAACUGGCUGUUUUGUUGCAACGGUAUGAACAACAGCAGCAGCAGCAACAACAGGAGCAACAGCAACAGAACGCCCAACAGAAACAUCAACAACAGCCAAAAUUACACCGAGGGACCCAGAAAAAUCCCUACAGUAUAAAUGUGUAGUUUUUUUUAGCCUUAUUUCUGUAUAAACAAUUGAGAGCUGUAGAAGAAAGAAAACAAGGUUUCUAUUUUUAUAAUGUAAUAAAUCAGAGGUGUUGUUUGAUUACCUGUUGCUGAAUGUUGAAAUCUCCUUAAGUCUGUCUGUUGUCAGUGUAAAUAUUGUUCCCAGAUGGUUAUUAUGAUUCACUGUGUAUAUGUGUUUGUUGCUCAAGUCAGGUCAAGUAUGGUGUGAAGGAGAGAGAGAGAGAGAGAGAGGUGGGGGGUUAAGAUGAUGGAUUAAGCAUCUCAAGACGUAAGUAUUGACGUAACCUGACGUACCAACACUCGUAUAGUACCUUCGUUCUAUACCUUAUAGCUCACAGUGUCUCAAGUUUGUGUUCAUUGUAUCACACAACCCUGAUAAACAUUGCUGUUGUUUACCUAAUUACGAGUUUUUUUGGAUCAAGACUGUACAUACUUAGUGUAAAAGUUUAUAUAUCACAUAAAACGUACCUGUAA